AUGUUCAACCAACCAAUGUCCUCACCACCUCAACACUCUCCCACCAAUAACAAUAAUGUCUUCAACAACAAUAAUAAUAACGGAACGGUGGUACCUGAUGGAAGUGUUGGUGGCGCUGCAAUGACUUCCAAUGUUGCUCUCAACCCAACAACAAACUUACAAGUCGUUAAUGGUUCAACUAGUAAUAAUAGCCUAGUAACCAUUCCAACCAAUUCAUCUUCAUCAACAACAAUGAACGUUAAUGGCGGUGCUGCUAAUCUUUCUGCCUUUAAUAUACCCAACAUUCCAUCAUCAGCAACAGCCUCAACAUUGAGUAACAUUCCAACAACAAUUGGUAAUAAUAACAAUCAAGUAGGGGAUAAUAUUUCCCAAUUUAUGCUUUCAACAACAAAAUCUGUCCUUUCGAGCAUGUCUUCUCCAACAAUGAGUAGUAACAAUCAAAAUGCUCCUUUACUUCCUUCUCCAUCAUCAAUUCAAGGAUUGUUGCAUAAUAGUAUCAAUUCGAACAUUAAUGCAUUGAAUAAUAAUGUAUCACAAACAACAUUAGGUGGGAUUAGUCAAUUGUUGAAUCCAACUACUGUUAAUUUCAAUCAACAAACAAGUCAUCAAAUUUCUAUUCCAUCCAUGAAUACAGCUAAUCAAAAUUUCACAAGUCAAUUGAAUAAUAAUGUCGGUGUAGUUGAUCAACAAAGUAAUCAAUGGAUGAAUUUUAAUCAAUCUUCCAAUAAUUAUCAAACACAAAACCCAUCAAGUGUUCUCUCCAUGAAUCAAAAUCCACAAUUGAAUGUUGUCAACAAUGCAAACUCAGGUCUCGUAAACAACUUGUUGAAUAACCAACAGCAAACUACCAAUAUAGAAUUGUUUAAUAUGCUAUUGGCAUCUAAUGGAAGUAACAUGAACAGUUCAAUUGAUAUGAACAAUAAUAUCUAUAAUAACAAUAGUAAUGUCAACACCAUGUUCAAUAAUGGAUUAAUUCCAACAAACAAUAUUAACCCAAUGAACAAUAUUAACAUUUCGAAUAACAUUCCAAACUCACCACCUAUGAAUAAUAGCUGGAAGUCUAUGGAAAAUCCUGUAUUAAGCCCAAAUUCCUAUAAUAGACAGAACCAAUUUACCAACCAAAAUUUUGUCAACCAACAAAUCCCUUCCAUGAAUAUUUCUAAUAACAAUAUGAGCAAAUUCAACCAACCAAAUAAUUUAAAUAACCAAAACAUGUUUGGCUCAUACAACAUGAAUAAUAUGAAUAGUAUGAACAACAUGAGCAUGAAUAUGAACAAUUCUAUGAAUCGUGGCAUGGGUCAACAAAUUCAAUUCCAAAACGUACAAUUCCCACCAGUUAAUAACAAUCUAAGAGAAAUAGUUUUCGAACAAUCGGGAUAUGCAAAGAAGAGAAGAGAUAGCUCAACUCCAAGUGCUAGCACAACACCAAGUAAGAAAUCCAACACAUCCAAAAAAGAAAAACCAACUCCCCAAGCUAAAACCCCUAAAACUCCUAAAACUGCUCAAACAAAAACCCCUCAAACAAAGGAAAAGCCAAUUGCUAAACCAUCAGUUCCUUCAUCAAGAAUUGAUAUUUUGAAACCUCUCCCAGAUAGAAUUAUUUAUUACAUUUUACAUUUUCUUCCUUCUUUCCCAGAUUAUGGAUCUUUCUGUCAAGUUUCCAAGAGAUUUUCAGAAAUUUGUCAAGUUGCAUACUUGCAAUUAGAUACUCUUUAUUUGAAAAAAGUUUCAGGUGUCAGUAAUGCUAAAGGUGCCAUUAACAGAUUUUAUAGUAUGAGAGAAGAUUAUAUUGAAGAUGUGGAUGUUAUUUCAGUCCGUAGACAACUCGUUUCAAAAGAAAAUGAUCCAAAUAAGAGAAAGUCAAAGUUGGAUAACCUUAAAGUUGAAAAGAAAGAUGUAACCAAACUGGUUUUAAAUCAAGUCAAUGUUGAUAACUUUAAAAAGUUAUUCGAGAAUUCAUACUUGUCCGAAUCUUUGAAAGAUUUCACACUAAUUGGCCAAAGGUUCAACUCUAAUUCUUUAAAACAAUUCUUUACUUCACUUCCAAAAGAAGUUGAAAGUGUUACACUUAUAGGAUGCUUGUUCACUAUUGAUCUUCCUUUUGCAUAUUAUGCAAGUUUGAGAAAAGAUAUUUCUCCAAAGAUGGAAAUACUCUUCAGUGAAAUUGUGGUGGUAGGUGCUGCUUCCAACGAUGAAAAGUCCAGAAAGAAUAAGAAAAAGAAAUUGGAAGAAGAAAACCCUAACCCUUUCAUUCCAACUUGGAUGACUGUACAGGAACUCAAAGAUUCUGUAACUGUUGAUACAUUGAAGAAGAUUCAAAAUCUUGGAUUGGAUUUAUUGACAGAUAGUAUUUGUGAUGGUAUAAGUGGAGCUUGUGCCGCUUGUAGAUAUGGAGAUAUUGAUUGCGUAAACUAUGUGCUCAGACUGAUUAAUGCUGAAUCUAUUUCACCAUCUGUGAACAUGAUUUAUCAAACCCUAUUGUUCAACAGGAAGAAUCUCUUACCAAUUAUUAACAAAUUUGUUGAAAUUUUCCCUCGUAACUUAUUACUUUCUGCUAGAUUUACUACUGCUCAACAAAAGCAAAGUAAAUCCAAGCCAACCACUUCUGAAAAGCUAAAUUAUUCAUUCCAAAGUUUGUUGAGAGUUGAUCAAUCUCCAUCUGAACUUCCAACUAUCAGCAAACAAUCCAUCGAAGAUAGACAAUUAACACCUUACCUCUGUGCUUGUGCUUUUGGUAGUUUGGAAAUUUGUACUCUCAUUUCACCAGAACCAGUUUUACAAAUUGACACUGAUUCAAAUACAGGACUUCAUCUUGCUUGCAUGAACGGAAAUAUUCAAGUUGCCAAGUAUUUAAUUGAAAAGAAUCAUUCUUUGGAUGCAAAGAACAACAAGUCACAAUCAAUUUUGCACAGUUUAAUGUUGUGUCCACCAGAAAAAGACUCUGACGAUCUUACAAUUUGUUUGCAAAUGGUAUUGGAUAGGCUUGCACAAAGAGGAAAUUUAACAGGCAUCUUGAGUGCACGCGACCUUCUUGGAAACACAUGUUUGCACUAUGCAGUUGAAAAUAGACAUAGCGGAGGUGUAAAACUACUCUUAGAUUAUUAUUCAAAGGGAGAUUAUGUUGAAAAUUACUUGAAGAUUGCUAAUGCCAAAGAAAUGACACCAAUCUUACUUGUCUUCUUUAACAAUGCUCCUAGAAAUGACAAGACUGCCAACAUUCUCAUCUCUUUGAUGAAUAAUAACUUUGAGAAUAACUUUAAAGAGUUGAUAAUUAGAAAGGAUGAAGAUGGUGAUGUUAUUAGUUCCAAGACUAUUUUCACAGAAAUUCUUGAAUCCGAAUCAUCAUUUUCUACUUCUUUCCUCAAUCAAUAUCUUUCUGUUAUGCCAGAAAAGAAGGAUUCUAUUUUGAAUUACUCUCCAGACAGUAGUUCUGCUUCUUUGAUCUAUUAUUGUGUAUCCUUACCUAAGGACACAACUUUACUUGUUAAAUGGUUAAUUGCCAAUGGAGCUAACGUUCAACAAUUAGAUUCAAGUGGAAAAACUUUCUUGCAUGUAGCUAUUGAGAAGGAAUCAAUAGAAGAUUUAGACAGUGUGAUUGAUAGUCUUUCUUUGAUCUUGUCUGCUGAACAACUUAAACAACUCAUUAUGACUCAGGAUAAGGAAAAGAAAUAUACAGUACUUCACCAAUGUGCAAUUUCAGACAAGUAUGCCAAGUCAUGUGCUAAAUUAAUUUCUGUCGGAGCAGAUCCUCUUGCACUUGAUGCUGAAAAGAAUACACCACUAAUGGUCUCUAUCAGUUUUGCUAACUAUGAUGCUUCUCAGUACUUGUUAACAAAUGAGUCCAAGAAUUUCGUUAAUGGAAAUAAUGUUUCUCCAAUUAUCCUACUUUUAAGAAAUUCCAAAGAUUUAAAACACUUCUUAAAUGAAAAAGAGAUUAAUCAAGCAGAUUACAAUACCUCUAUUGAAAAACUUGAAGAGUUAGCCAUGAAAAUGUUGGAAUCUGGAGUUGAUAUUGCAAGUGAUACUAUUCUAGAUUAUGUAGAUGAGGAUAGACCAAGCGCUUUGAUGUUAGCUAUUGAAGGAGGUUUAUCAAUGGAGAUUAUUACCAAGAUUGUUGAACAUCCAGAUGUAUUCAUUAAUCAUCAAACCGCCAAGUCACUUGUGACUCCUCUCCAUGUUGCAUGUGAAGAAGGUUAUUCUGAAGUUGUUACUCUUCUCAUUCAGAAGGGAGCUAACAUUUUAAUGCCUGAUAAUAAUAAGGCUAUUCCUAUUGUCUAUGCCAUAAUUCAUUCAAAUAGUGAAGCUAUAGAGUUGAUUCUCCAACACAUUGACUCGUCAUGUAAAAUUAGAAAGGAAGCACCUAAUGCUGAAAAAUUGCUUGAAAGAGCUAAAUUCUUUAUUAGAGACUUGCCAGUUGAAUGUUUGGAAUCAUUCAUGUUACAAGCUGUUUCUGAAAAUAUUUUGGUAGAUUUGCUAAAUAGAAUAUUAUCUUUGAGAAUGGAGCAAAGAAAUACGUCAAUAGAAAAGGAUAGAGAUUACAAGAUCUUUACUGACCAAGGUGCUAGUGUUUUGAUGGUUGCUUCUCAAGAAGGAAAGCUUGAAGUUUUCAAAUCAUACUUGGAGUACAUGUCCACUUUUGAAACAUUCAAUGGUGGAGAGUUUUCAGAAAUUAGUGAAAUUCUCAAACUAGGCGAUCAAUCCAAUGAUACUCUCGCUCACUAUGCCUGUAUGGCUCCUGAUAAUAAUAAGAGUACAGCUGCUGUUAUCAAAGAAAAGUUGGCUAUUUUGGAAAUUCUUCUCAAAUAUAGCGCAUCAUUGGAUAUUCAGAAUGAUGAAGGUAACACUCCAUUGCAUAUUGCUUGCAGAGAAGGAUUUACCCCUCUCGCCAAAUUCCUAUUGAAACAGGGAUGUGACAAGAAUGUUACUAAUAAUGAUGGAAAUACACCAGAUACACUUGCUGAUGAUGGAGGCCAUUAUGAUUUAUUGGCAGCUUGCUUUGAUGAGGAAGUUCCUGAAAAGCCAGCCAAAACUAAAACCUCCAAUAGAAAUAAGAGAGGUACAAAGAGAAAAUCAUCUUCAGAGUCUGAUGAUGAAUUCGUUGCGUCAGAUCAAGAUGCUGAUUCUGAUGAAGAAUCAGAUGAGGAUUCAGAAAUGUCAGAUGACGAAGCUCCAACAAAGACCAUCCCAAAAAGAGCAACAAAAAUAAAAAGAGAAAUGUGAGCUAGUGUUAUUU